UUUCACGGCCCCUUGAGAUGACCUAGUGUUGGGUCUUCUCUGUGGCGAGCCCCAACUUUUCUCUUGCAGCUUGCUAUACUUCAUCAUGCUUCAGCGCUCGGCAGUUUUUUAUCGAUUUAGAACUUGCCAGGGGUUUUCACUACCAACAUGACACGCCGAUUUGUUCGCGCGGGUGUACAACUCGCAGUAUUUGCUGUUUGUAUACUGCUUUUCGUCGUAACUCUAGAUAACCGGUUUCGCGUCCUACCUGCCGCUAUUCAUGGCCACCUUCCUUCGCACUAUUCAGGACUCGUUGUUACGGAUGUCACCAUCAAAUCGUGCUCGCAUAUCAAUCCUUUCUCCAAAUGCAAACCUAUUUCGCAAUCAUGGACACAGGUCGACAAGGAUCUUUAUUUGCGCACUGGUUGGACGUCCACCGCCUUUGUCCAAUUUGAGCGGAAAAAGGAGGAGGACCUACUUCCUACGGACAAAGUUGUGAUUGAUUUGAAGAUUAGUCGGCUUGUUCCGGAGACCACUGACGAUAAUAAAGAUGGGGAGAAAGACGAAGCUACGUGGGAGCCGAGACCAGGUGGCAUUUGGCUGAGACGGACAGCCAAGCGCCACGCGAGUGACUCACAGACUGCGAUCACCUUGGUCGAUGUUCUUUUCGGCGCCGAUGCGGUGGAUCCACGGAUUGGCUGGGAGGUCAGAGAUACACCGCUGCUGCUGGAUAGUCGAACGGAAGAAUUAGAAGCCCGUAUCAGUAUUCAGAGGGGAGAUCCUCAGAAGCAGAAAAGACCAAUUCCCAGGAUCAAUGAACAUGGUCGCUUUAAAAUUAUGCAGCUGGCGGACUUGCAUUUGAGUACCGGUCUUGGACUGUGCCGUGACCCUAUCCCAGCGGAACCUGUUCCUGGCCAGAAGUGUGAGGCUGACCCGCGGACACUUGAGUUUGUGGAGAGGCUCCUGGAUGAAGAGAAGCCCGAUAUGGUGGUCCUUACUGGUGAUCAGGUGAACGGUGAAACCUCUAAGGAUGCACAAAGCUCGCUUUUUAAGUCUGUCAAGCUGCUUGUGGAUCGCAAGAUUCCCUACGCAGCUAUUUUUGGCAAUCAUGACGACGAGGGCAAUCUCAACCGGUCGGAACUUAUGGCCAUGUUAGAGCAACUGCCGUAUUCAAUGUCGUCGGCUGGCCCUGAGGACAUAGACGGUGUUGGUAACUACAUCGUCGAGGUUCUCGGCCGUGGUAAUAGCGCACACUCAGCUUUGACUCUUUAUCUUCUUGACUCGCAUUCGUAUUCGCCGGAUGAACGGCAAUUCCGAGGUUAUGACUGGAUCAAGCCCAGCCAGAUCCGUUGGUUCAAGAACACUGCCCAAGGCCUUAAGAGGAAGCACCAUGAAUAUGCGUACAUGCACAUGAACAUGGCAUUCAUUCAUAUCCCGCUGCCUGAAUACCGUGACCCAAAUAACCUGUACAUUGGCAAUUGGGACGAACCCCCAACCGCUCCAGGAUUCAAUUCAGGCUUCAAGGAUGCACUCGAAGAGGAGGGUAUCCUAUUCGUUAGCUGUGGACAUGACCACGUCAAUGACUACUGCAUGCUUAACAACAAUAAAGACGAGAAGCCAUCGCUCUGGAUGUGUUAUGGAGGAGGUGUUGGAUUCGGAGGCUAUGGAGGCUAUAAAGAUUAUGUCCGGCGUGUGAGGUUCUUUGACUUCGACAUGAAUGCCGGGCGGGUUAUGACAUAUAAGCGGCUUGAGUAUGGCGAAACGGAGGCCAAGAUCGAUGAACAGAUGAUAGUUGACGGUGGUGCUGUGAGAGGAAUGUCGUGAAAAGAUGAACAUUCACAGGGCAUUUCAUAUUCUGGGUUUGAGAGAAAAAAAGAACCAUUGUCCCUCAGCUUCUUUGACAGAGUGAUUUACCCUUCUUUACAAAAUAUUGUUAUCAAUGCCGGCGCGCCCUCUGUUUAUUUCGGUCCCCCCACUCUUUUACAUUCUACUCUUGUGUUUAUAUUAUCUUUGUAUAGUGCGAGGACGUCAACAUACGCUGGCUCUAAAGGGCGUCGGCUGGGGAGUUUGGAUUCGUGGGAAAGGGGAUCGAAGGUAUCAUGAAAAGAAUGCUAUUUUCUGUUUGCUACUUCCUUGUUCAUACAUAUCCGCACGAAUAUUCAUGGUAUUAGGAAUACUAUGUAGGUUUCUCAGGGUUAAUGAAC